GUCCGUCACGCUGCUCCUCCCGGUCCCUGCUCGUCCGUCCGCCGCGGGGAGCUCAGCGCUCAUCCCCACCAGCUCUCUCCGCUCCGCUCGGCCGGGCGCGGGUGCCAACGGGAAGCCAGCCUUAAAAAAAACCAACCAGCUUGCCAAAGCUUAUCGCAUCUCCAUCCCUGAUCCCUCCGGCUGCUGGGUUGCUCCUCUUGCUACUUAAACAAACAGAUCGGCGGCCUCCCGGAGCGCAGCUCUUGCGAUCCUCAAGGGCCAGCCCACAGCACGCGACCCCAAGCUAGCCAGGAAUCGCUUCCCACCCAGUCCGGCCAGGCCACCACCGCUCUGCUCUCUCCCUGUCGGCAAAUCCGCCCUCCCUCCCUCCCGCCCGCUCGCAAGCUCGCAAUCCCCCUCCCUCCAAAGGGAUCGAUUCGCCAAAUCAGUUGCGCUUCUUGCUGAGCAGCCGGUGAGAGCAAAUGCUGGUCCGGGAGGGAGCGGCGGUCGUCGUCGGCGGGCACGCGGGAGGAUUCCCUUGCCCCCUGGCGGUCUGCCGAGGUAGUGGGCGUCCGAGCUGGAGCACCUGAGAUGUUGCUCGCUCGCCUGGCCUGAUCUCGGCCGAAAGCUCCCGGGUUUUUUGUUCUCGGAGAGGGAGGGGGCGGCGCCGCUUUUGGUCUCUCUGAUUAUUGCUUCCUCCGCCGAUUCGAUUCCUCGCGGGGGCUCCUCUCCUCCACCGGUGGGUGGGUGGAUCCUUUACCUCCGUGUCCGGGCAUUCGUGCUCCGCUCCUUGGGCCUGUAAGUUGUCUGCCGAAUCCCAAAUCUUCAGAGGUUCUGGUGGUGAUUUCUGCAAGGGGGGCGAGUGAGCAGUGGGAGAUCAAAUCUUGGCGAUGGUGUCGAGAUCCUACUCCAACCUCCUGGAGCUCGCCUCCGGGGGCGGCGGCGGCGGCGGCGGGGAGCCGCUGCCGUCGCUGGGGCGCCGCCGGGUGCCGCGCGUCGUCACGGCGUCCGGCAUUGUGCCGGGCCUCGACGCCUCCGACGACGACGACGACGCCGCGUCCGCGGCCUCCGACCACUCCUCUCACGCGCCGCGGGAGCGCGUCAUCAUCGUCGCCAACCAGCUCCCCGUGCGCGCCGCGCUGCGCCCGGGCGCCGGCGCCGGCGGCGGCGCCGGGUGGGACUUCGAGUGGGACGAGGACAGCCUCCUGCUGCAGGUCAGGGACAGCCUCCGCGCGCACCACGGCCGCGGGGACGUCGACUUCGUCUACGUCGGCGGCCUCCGCGACGACGUGCCCCCCGCCGACCACGACCACGUCGCGCACCUCCUCCUCGAGGGCUUCCGCUGCGUGCCAACCUUCCUGCCCGCCGACCUCCGCUCCAGGUUCUACCACGGCUUCUGCAAGCAGCAGCUCUGGCCACUGUUCCAUUACAUGCUGCCGCUGUCGCCGGAGCUCGGCGGCCGCUUCGACCGCCUGCUCUGGCAGGCCUACGUCUCCGUCAACAAGAUCUUCGCCGACAAGAUCCUCGAGGUCAUCAGCCCCGACGAGGACUUCGUGUGGGUGCACGAUUACCACCUCAUGGUGCUGCCCACAUUCCUGCGCAAGCGCUUCAACCGGGUCAAGCUCGGCUUCUUCCUGCACAGCCCCUUCCCCUCGUCGGAGAUCUACAAGACUCUGCCCGUGCGUGAGGAGCUGCUCCGGUCGCUGCUCAACGCCGAUCUCAUUGGGUUCCACACCUUUGAUUACGCCAGGCACUUCUUGUCGUGCUGCAGCAGGAUGCUCGGGCUCAAGUACGAGUCGCAGAGGGGCUACAUUGCACUCGAGUACUAUGGACGAACUGUCACAAUCAAGAUCUUGCCAGUGGGGGUUCACUUGGAGCAGUUACAGUCGGUUCUUAAUCUCCCAGAGACUGGAGUCAAGGUGGCUGAGCUUCUGAAGCAGUUCAAUCAUCGGAGCCGGUUGCUGUUGCUUGGUGUUGACGAUAUGGAUAUCUUCAAGGGAAUUAGCUUGAAGCUUUUGGCGUUUGAGCAGCUGCUGAUACAGCAUCCAGAGUGGCGGGGAAGGGUGGUACUGGUUCAGAUUGCCAAUCCAGCGAGGGGGAAGGGAAAGGAUGUGAAAGAAGUACAGGAAGAGAGCGAUGCAAUGGUAAAGCGCAUCAAUGAUGCAUUUGGGCAGCCGGAUUACCAGCCUGUUAUACUGAUCGAUAAGCCACUGCAAUUCUAUGAGAGGAUGGCAUACUAUGUUGUUGCCGAGUGCUGCUUGGUUACUGCAGUGAGGGAUGGCAUGAAUCUUAUCCCGUAUGAGUACAUUAUUGCUCGACAAGGGAAUGAGAUGAUCGACAGGGUCCUAGGCCUUGGCCCGUCUUCAAGGAAGAAGAGCAUGCUUGUUGUCUCAGAGUUCAUUGGCUGCUCACCCUCCCUAAGCGGCGCGAUCCGGGUGAACCCUUGGAACAUUGAUUCAGUGGCUGAUGCGAUGGACUCUGCAUUGGAGAUGCCUGAAGGGGAGAAGGUCUUGAGACACGAGAAGCAUCAUAGAUAUGUGAGCACGCACGAUGUUGGGUAUUGGGCGAACAGCUUCCUGCAAGAUCUUGACAGGAUUUGCCUCGACCACAACAGGAGGCGUUGCUGGGGCAUAGGAUUCGGGCUAAAGUUCAGGGUUGUAGCCCUUGACCCAAACUUCAAGAAGCUUGCAGUUGAGCACUUGGUCUCAGCCUACCGGAGGACAACAAAGCGCGUCAUUCUCUUGGACUAUGAUGGGACCCUGAUGCCGCAGACUUCGUUUGGUAAGAGUCCUACCUCAAAGACGAUAGACAUGUUGAACAGCCUUUGCCGUGACAAGAACAACAUGGUCUUCCUUGUGAGCACAAAGAGUCGGGCAACUUUAAGCGAGUGGUUCUCACCAUGUGAGAACUUGGGACUAGCAGCUGAACAUGGCUACUUUCUCAGGCUGAGAAGAGAUGCAGAAUGGGAGGAGUGUAUCACGGUGAUAGACCGCAGCUGGAAGCAAAUUGCACAGCCUGUGAUGAAGACCUACACAGAGACGACGGACGGGUCAACAAUUGAGGAGAAGGAGACUGCAAUUGUUUGGAGCUAUGAGGAUGCUGAUCCAGAUUUCGGCUCUUGCCAGGCCAAGGAGCUCCACGACCAUCUGGAGAGUGUCCUCUCAAACGAGCCCGUCUCGGUGAAAGCUGGCCUGAACCAUGUCGAGGUGAAGCCACAGGGCGUGAGCAAGGGCCUGGUGGCGAAGCGGAUCCUGUCGACGAUGCAGGAGCGCGGCGACCUGCCGGACUUCAUCCUGUGCGUAGGCGACGACCGGUCCGACGAGGACAUGUUCGAGGUGAUCACCGCGGCGGUGGCGCGGGGCCCCGCCUCCCUGCACCCGGAGGCGGAGGUGUUCGCGUGCACGGUGGGGCGCAAGCCCAGCAAGGCCAAGUACUACCUGGACGACCCCGCGGACAUCGUGCGCCUCGUCCAGGGCCUCGCCAACGUCUCCGACGACCAGGCCUCGUUGCACGGCAGCAGCAGCGGCGCCACCCUGCCCGAUGACGAAGCGGCCACCGCCACCAUCCGGAGGUGAAACCGCACCUGCCCGCCCGUGCGCAGGUCAGCUCAAGUAGGCGGCGGUAUGCUCGCUUGGUCCCAGAUGUACAUUGUUCUAGGAACGAAUGAACUCGCGCAAGUGCGUGCUGUGCUUGCGUGUGCGCUGCUUUGUCGAAUUGUCAGCCGAUGUGUACAUAAAACUCCUCCGGAUCAUCUCUCCAUCGAUCGCGCGGAGUUCUGUUCA